AUGGCUUCCUCUGGAAUCAUCACUAUUGCCAGAGGAGCAAUUUUGCUGCUGGCCCUUGUUGUUUUUCUUGGUAAUACAAUGAUGUGGAUUAUUAUGCCAACUGAUACUUAUUACAAUCACUGGUUGAUCCACAUUCUUGCUCAUACAAACUCUACUUUCUUUGGAAUACAAGGUUCAACAAUGCUUGAUUUCACAUUUCCCAUUUUGUUCAUUGCUGUCUUGGGGUGUUUAUAUCUGCAUUUGGAGACGAGAAUGACUGGUGGUGCCACUGCCACAGCAAGCAGCUGGAAACGGGAGAGUAAGCUAAGGUUGUUGAAGAGGCCGAUGGUCGUGAAGGGGCUCGGUAUUGUCACCAUAACGGAGCUCACACUAUUCACUUUGUUCGUUGCUCUUUGUGCUUGGUAUACCGCGGUUUACCUGCGCCGUUUCUUUAAACAAGCUCCCGAGCUCUCAGUGACCAGACAUGAAAAAAUGUGGCAAACGAAGGUGGAUAGAGCUGGUUUAGCUACAGGAUUAGCCGGGAAUUUGUGCUUGACAUUUUUAUUUUACCCGGUGACACGAGUAUCGUCCAUUUUGCCGAUGUUGGGGCUAACAUCUGAGGCCAGCAUUAAGUACCACAUUUGGGUUGGCCACAUGACUAUGACCCUAUUUACUGCUCAUGGAUUACUCUACAUUCUCUACUGGGCCUUCACCAAAAGGUUCUUACAAUCCAGACAAAAUGUCCGUCUGAUUUCUGCUCGAGUUUUGCCAUGCCAAACUAUUGAGCUCAAUUUUGCCAAGAGUCGAGGUGUAAUAUACAAUCCCACAAGUACCAUCUUCAUAAACGUGCCUGUAAUUUCCAAGCUGCAAUGGCACCCUUUCACUAUAACUUCAAACAGCAGCUUAGAACCGGAAAAUCUUAGUGUGCUAAUCAAAUGUGAGGGCAGUUGGACUAAGAAUUUAUACGACACGAUAUCGUCUCCUUCCUCCAUCGAGCAUCUUCAAGUCUCGGUUGAAGGACCGUAUGGACCAGCCUCGACAAGUUUUCUCAGGUAUAAUAUGUUGGUGAUGAUCAGUGGAGGAAGUGGAAUAGCCCCUUGCAUUUCCAUCAUCAGAGAGCUAAUAUUCAUGAGCUCAACUACUCAACAUUGCAGAAUCCCAAAUAUCAUGCUCAUUAGUGUGUUCAAAAACACCUCACACCUCUCCAUGCUAGACCUCAUACCCCCAAUUUCUCACACAAAGUACUCUUGCAACUUGGGCCUGCGAAUCGAGGCCCACGUGACGAGAGAGAAGGCCCGGCCCACGGAAAAACCACACCCAAUCCGAACCGUGCAGUUCAAGGCCAGCCCAUCCGACGCCCCUAUCUUCCCAGCACUAGGCCCCAACAGCUGGCUUUGGCUGGCCACGAUUAUAUCAUCGUCUUUCGUCAUUUUUCUCGUGUUUCUAGGGAUUUUCACGCAAUACGUCGUGUACCCUGUCGAUAAAAACACCUACUUUUCGUACUCUUCCGCUAAGAAGAAUUUGAUGAACAUUUUUUUGAUAUGUUGCUCCAUAGUGGUGGCUGCAAGUGGUGUGUUCGUGUGGAAUAAGAAGCAGAAUGCAAAUGAGGACAAGCAAAUCCAGGACAUGGAAAAAAGUGGAAACACAUUUGGGUCAAUGGAUGGUGUGGAAUUAGAGAGCUUUCCCCUACAGUCAGUUAUCAAGUCCAUCGACGUGCAUUAUGGUCGAAGGCCCGAUCUAAAGAGGAUUCUAAUGGAGAUCCAAGAGUCAAAUGUUGGAGUACUUGUUAGUGGGCCUAUGGAGAUGAGGCAUGAUGUUGCUGGUAUUUGCUCCACUGGGCCAACAGAGAAUCUACAUUUUGAGUCCAUCAGCUUCACUUGGUGA